UUUUGAUAUCUUUCUUUUUACUUUCUUUCUUUCAACAAAUAAAUCUUAUUUUUAUCAUGCAUGCAAACGGUACCAAGUCAUUAACGAUUGCUUUUAUUGGAGGUGGUAACAUGGCAGAAGCGAUCAUUGGAGGAUUAUGUCAAGAUGUACAAUAUCGACUAGUGUUUAGUGAACCAUCACGCGAACGAAGAGAUUAUAUGCAACAAAAGUAUUUGAAUGUAGAAGGGUAUAGUGAUUCCGAACAAGUAUUGGCUUUGGAACCUCAAGUAGUGAUCUUGGCUGUCAAACCACAGAUCAUGAAGGUGGUCAUGAAAGAACUUGAACCUAUAUUACAACAACGACAACAGCAUGAUUUGCCUACCCCAUUACUCAUCUCCAUUGCUGCUGGUAUCAGUACUCUUUCUAUUCGACGAUGGUUAAAUGUAGUGGAUUUACCUUUGAUUCGUUUGAUGCCCAAUACGCCGGCUUUGAUUGGCCAAGGUGCUGUAGGUUGUUAUGCUAUGGAUGGUGUUUCCGCGGAACAACGUCAAUUGACUGAAUCUCUUUUGGGUGUAGUUUGUAAACAUAUUUCUUGGGUGGAAAAGGAACCUUUGAUGGAUGCUGUUACUGCUGUUAGUGGAAGUGGACCUGCUUAUUAUUUUUUAAUCAUGGAAGCUAUGCAAAAUGCUGGUGUGGAAGCUGGAUUAUCUAUUGAAGAUGCCAAAGCAUUAACACUUCAAACUUGUCUUGGUGCUGCUCGUAUGGCAAUGGAAAGUGAAGAUGAUUUGGCUACUCUUCGUCAAAAAGUCACAUCUCCCAAAGGAACUACCGAAGCCGCUCUCAAGGUAUUGGAAGCUGGAAAUAUUCGUCAAUUGAUGUAUGAUGCUGUUUUUGCCGCGGAUCAACGAAGUCGGGAACUUGCUGAAGAAUUUGGAAAAGAUUAAUUAUUUAUUCAUUCUCAUCAUCAUCAUUAUGAUUCUUCAUACUUUUUUUUAUUUUUAUCAUCUAUACAUAUACUUUUUUACAAUCCCAUUUAUCUUUGAAGGCAUCUUUUUUUUUUUUGUCAUGUUUCCCUUUUUUGUGAUAAUCAAGAUGAUUUUUUUUUAUCUGAUUCAAUAAACAUUCUGACAUUCUUAUUUGAUCUUUUUGAAAUUGGACCUCUUUUUUUUUAUAUAUAUUCUU